CAGCCAGGCCCCUCAUAGCUCGAGCUUCAGCCAUGGUUGCUGACACAGUACAGAUUUGAAGAAGGCUGCUUAUUUCCUUCCUUCACAUUACCUGCUACAAUCCAUGAGUGGGAAAAAAGAGAAGAGAAACAACCUCUUCUAUUGACUCCAUUAGACCUCAUCCAUUACAUUGUUUCUUUGUCUUUGGAGGAUUUUGGCUUUAUGGGAUCAAGGAAGAAAACAAGCUUUGUGCUUCUCUUGGUUUUGCUCUGCUUCUGUGCUUCUUCAUUCGCCUUUCUCUCUCCCAAAGGUGUAAAUCCUGAAGUUAUGGCUUUGAUGGGUAUUAAAGCCAAUCUAAAGGUUCCUCAUGAUGUGCUGGACAACUGGGAUCAGGACUCUGUUGAUCCUUGCAGCUGGAAUAUGGUCACCUGUUCAACAGAAAACUUAGUAAUCGGCUUAGGAACUCCUAGUCAGAAUUUAUCUGGAACUCUUUCUCCAAGCAUUGGAAACCUGACAAAUCUUCAGACAGUGCUUCUGCAGAAUAACAACAUAACAGGGCGAAUCCCUCCUGAGAUUGUAAGGCUAUCAAAGCUUCAGACGCUUGAUCUCUCCAACAAUCACUUCACUGGUGAAAUACCAAACUCUGUGGGUCAAUUGAGAAACCUCCAAUACCUGAGGCUGAACAAUAAUAGCUUUUGUGGAGCAUUUCCUCUCUCUCUGGCUAAUAUAACAGAGCUUGCUCUCCUGGAUUUGUCCUACAAUAAUUUCAGUGGCCCAGUGCCAAAGUUUUCAGCAAGGACUUUUAAUAUUGUAGGAAACCCCUUGGUUUGUGCCACUGGUUCAGAAAAUGAAUGUUAUGGAACUGUGCAGAUGCCUAUUUCCAUCAACAGAAAUAAUUCACAGGCCCCCCAGAGCCAAGACAAACCCAAGAGUCACAAGCUUGCUCUUGCUUUGGGGACCAGCAUUGGAUCCCUUUUUUCUCUCUUAUUCGGUUUUGGAAUAUUCAUCUGGUGGAGACACGGACACAAUCAGCAGAUCUUUCUUGACGUCAAUGACCAACAUAACGAUGAAGUUUGCCUUGGAAACCUGAAAAGAUUUCAGUUCAGAGAGCUUCAAGCUGCCACUGAUAACUUCAGCAGCAAGAACAUAUUAGGAAAAGGUGGAUUUGGGAAUGUUUACAAAGGUCAGCUUCCUGAUGGGUGCUUGGUUGCUGUUAAGAGGCUUAAGGAUGGCAAUGCUGCGGGUGGGGAGACACAGUUUCAGACUGAAGUUGAGAUGAUAAGCUUAGCAAUUCAUCGGAAUCUCCUCCGGCUAUAUGGGUUCUGCAUGACGGCUACCGAAAGGCUUCUUGUAUAUCCCUACAUGUCAAAUGGGAGUGUUGCAUCAAGACUCAAAGCAAAACCUGCUGUAGAUUGGAGCACCAGAAAGAGGAUAGCACUUGGAGCAGCCAGGGGACUGCUCUACCUCCACGAGCAGUGUGAUCCCAAGAUAAUUCACAGAGACGUUAAGGCCGCAAACAUAUUACUUGAUGACUACUGUGAAGCCAUAGUUGGAGACUUCGGUUUAGCAAAGCUUCUCGAUCACAGGGAUUCUCAUGUCACCACUGCCGUCAGAGGCACUGUAGGCCACAUAGCUCCUGAAUAUCUUUCUACCGGCCAGUCUUCAGAAAAAACUGACGUCUUUGGAUUCGGAAUCCUUCUCCUCGAGUUGAUCACGGGCCAAACAGCUCUUGAAUUCGGCAAAUCCGCGAACCAGAAAGGAGCCAUGCUCGACUGGGUGAAGAAGAUCCAUCAAGAGAAGAAGCUGGACGUGCUGGUUGACAAGGCGCUGAGGGGAAGCUAUGACCGAAUGGAGCUUGAGGAGAUCAUCCAGGUGGCGCUGCUCUGCACUCAGUACCUCCCCAGCCAGAGGCCGAAGAUGUCAGAAGUUGUCCGCAUGCUUGAAGGCGACGGACUUGCAGAGAGAUGGGAGGCAUCACAAAGGCUUGAUCAGCCCAAGCUCAGGAUGCACGAGCUCUCUUCUUCGGAACGGUACUCGGACCUGACUGAUGAUUCUUCGUUGUUAGUGCAAGCAAUGGAGCUCUCUGGCCCGAGGUGAUAUGAAGAAUGUUAAUUUGUACAGGGGAUCAGUCGGAAUGAGUUCUGAAUGGUGAGUCUUGAAGUGGUAUUUAGAUUUUUUGGGUGUUUUCUGUCAUGUUUGUCUUGUUUAAGUCGUGGAAACUGAUGAUGGUUUGUGAAGUAUUGAUGAGAAGAGCUAUGUAAUGCAAUGUAUGGUGUGCUUAGGGAAGCAAAGCUUCAGCUUGUAUGUUGAGAAUUUUAAGGCAAAGAAAUGCAAGAAUCAACUUAG